AUGGCUUCUGGUUUUGACAACGCAGACAAUAUGGAAAUGUGGACCAAGGGGAGCGCGACUGCGCCACCGCUCAAAUAUAUUCUCCCUCGCAAUGAGAAUGGUCAUGUUCCCUUUACCUCUCGUAAUCGAAAGCUAGCUGUGAGAGUGGCAUCACCCAAUGUUCUAUUUAUUCCCGAUGUCGAUCAAAUCACUGCCAUGAAGAUACUGGAAAAUUCACUCAUCCAAGUGGGUCUGCUGCAUAACAACUAUACAACUGCCGCUCUCCUUGAGCAGCGUGGAUUUCUACCGCUUGCAAUAAACCAAGCCGCUGCCUACAUAAACGAAAACAAGAUCGAGCUAUCUGAUUAUCUGUCACUAUUCAAAGAGCGAGAGACAGACGCAGCUGAGCUGUUGAGCGAAGAAUUCCAUGAUGACGGACGUUACGCCGGGAUUCAGAACCCACAGAUCCAGGAUUUAGAUAAAUUGGCAGCAGACUAUUUGUCAUUCAUGGCCUGCAUUAACCCCCGAGAUAUCCCGCAGUCGAUUCUUCCACCUCCAAGUUCGGCAAAAAGGAGGACUGAUGCACUAGGUUUUUUGAACGCGUAUUCCUUUAUGUAUCAGUGA